AUGGCUGAGGAUUGGAAACACACAGCUCUUCUUGUCAUCGACAUGCAGAAAGAUUUUAUAGAAAGAGGUCCUGUGCUACUGAAAGGAGGGAAAGAUAUUGUCCCCAAUGUGAUUAAGGCUGUGGAAGUUGCCAGGGAGCGUGGAAUUCUUAUAGUUUGGGUUGUACGCGAACAUGAUCCCUUAGGAAGAGAUGUUGAACUCUUUCGUCGUCAUCUAUAUGGUCCAGGGAAAGUUGGUCCAACCUCUAAAGGAAGUGAAGGCGCAGAAUUAGUUGAUGGGUUGGUAAUUAGAGAAGGGGAUUAUAAACUGGUGAAAACCAGGUUUAGUGCAUUCUUUUCUACACACCUUCAUUCAGUCCUUCAAGGAGCUGGAAUUAAUAGUUUGGUGGUCACGGGUGUUCAAACUCCAAACUGUAUCAGGCAAACUGUCUUUGAUGCUGUAGCAUUGGACUACAAACCUGUAACUGUUAUUGUUGACGCCACAGCGGCAGCGACACCUGACAUUCAUCUUGCCAAUGUGUUUGACAUGAAAAAUGUUGGAGUUGAAACCCCAACAUUACAAGAGUGGAGCUAAUCCAAAGCUUGAUCUGUAUCAACCGUCCCUGUGGUGUUCAAUUCCAAGACUCAAAAAGUGUUGAUGCCUUUUGUCAAGUUAAGCUGUAAAGUGAACUGAAACUACUUAUAUUGCAGUACUUGAUUCCUGCACUGUUAAAUAAUGACAUAGCUAUUGUUGUUUAUUUUAG